AUGAAACUUUUAUGGCGCUUUAGCAGAAGCAGCAGCAACAACAACAUUAGCUUGAAUGAUAUAGGAUCUGAUACUUAUUGUACACACGGAAAGCUUGCUACAAAUAUUUACCUUCCCAUAUUAAAGACGAACAUUCUGAAAAUUUGUGGAAUAAAAAGAAGAAUCAAGUUAAAGGGCGGACGGGCGAAAGGCGAAAAUAACAAAAGCAUGCGAAAAUGUAAAUUUCUGGGGUUGUGUUGUGGGGAGAAAGGAAGCACCUCAUUUAUGUGCAUCUCGCGAGACAUAAUUUUAGUUGUUAUCGACUUUGGAAGGAGCAUAAACUCAAUUUUAAAGAAUAUUUUCAUCAACCUGAUUCGAAAAUCCCUGUUAGACGCUCGUCUUUCUCAUGGCGUGGUGGAGAAAAAAACUUUUCUGCUGUUUGCUUGCGCGAGCGAAAGUGAGUUUGUUGUUUUCUCCCUUUUUCCUUUCCAUCUCGUGAAAACUAGAUGA